UCAGUGAAAAUAGUUCUUCUAGUGUGCCUUUUGCUUAGCCACGCGCUGUCCUCCAAAAGAAACAUAUAUUGGAAGGUUGUUGACAUGCUGUCGCCCGGGGAUGAAUACUUAAGUGAAAACGCUGUUCGCUCCUUUUUUUCGAUCUUGGAGAAACGUGUGCAGUGCCCUGAUGUGUCGUGUGAAAAGUGUAUCUCUGUGGAGGAUGUGGGCCAGCUCGUUGGUGGCGUCUUUCCAGCCAGCGGCCUCCACAUGGAGGGGUUUUUCGAGGUGGCCGCAGGGUGGUGCUUCUACCUCAGCAGCCCCCGGGAGGCCUGUGCAGCCAUCAGGGACAACCAGUGGCAGAGAGGGACCCACCAAUUUGUCCAGGACCUCAUGGGCGAGGAUGUUCAUGGGGAUGGGUUUAGCCCAACGACCGGCACCUUGGACCGUCUGCUCCAUCAGAUGGAGGAGUACUACCAGCCAACACAGCACAAUGAGCACUGUCUCACGGGGAGUGAUAUUGCGGAAGAGAGCAACGUGUCUGUGAGUGACGCUGCCCCUCACAGCAUCGGUGCUGUCUUUGGGGCUAUCGUGUACCACGCUCUGCAGGGUGACUGCAUGGCAGCCCAGGCACUGCCAGAGGAGGACUACUUCCUGGAUUUCAUUUUCAAUCACUUCGGCUCUGACAACAUGACAGAGCACGAAAAUUUAAAUUCUCAUUUUCGGUGUCCUGUUUGUUCUCAGACAUGCUUCACCGCCCAUGAGCUCCUGGAAAUCCAUCACCUGAAUGACUCCUCCCUCACAAGGGCCCAGUUCACCCAGCUGAGCCCGGCACUGAUCCAGCAGCUCCUUAGCGGGGCAUGCGUAACCAAGCCCCCCCCACCCACCCCCGGCAACCAGCUCAGCACAGUGGAGACAUACGUCUAUGCCAGCUUGGCCAAUCUGGUGAUCUGCCUGAUGGCGAUGUUCGGCAUCGUGGUGCUGGUCUGCACCUCCUGCACGCACGUGUUCCAGCUCUGCAUUCAGUUCUGCAUCAGCCUGGCUGUCGGCUCGCUCACUGGCGAUGCCGUGCUGCACCUGCUGCCCGUGUUGCUGGGCCUGCACUCCCAUAGCGAAGGCCAAGGCUCGGGGCACAGCUUAGACCACAUCUACAAGCUCCUGGUGCUGCUGGCAGGAAUCUACUACUUCUACCUCACGGAGGCUGUUUUCUCCAUCAUGACUCACAAAGACAAACAUCACCACGAUGACGAGGAAUCUGAUGCUCACCAUUGUGACCACGGGAAAGUUCUCCAGAUGUACCACCAGAACGAAAGAAAGAGCAAGCAGUCCACAUCACAAGCAGACCUGGUUGAAGUUGAAGACGAUGAGAAAGCAGCUCAGAGGUCGAGUAAUCGUACACGGGAGCAGCGCUUGCUCCCCUACAUGAUCACAAUUGGUGACGGGGUUCACAACUUUGCCGACGGCCUGGCGAUGGGGGCAGCCUUCUCCAUGUCCUGGAAAUCCGGGCUGGCCACGUCACUGGCUGUGCUCUGUCAUGAACUACCACACGAGCUGGGUGACUUUGCCUUCCUCCUGCACUGCGGGAUGUCAGUGAAAAAGGCUCUGCUUCUGAACGUCGGCAGCGCCAUGACGUCCUUCGUGGGCCUCUACAUCGCCCUCUCGGUCUCCACCGACCCCACUGUGCAGGAGUGGAUCGCCGCUGUCACGGCCGGCUUAUUCCUCUAUGUGGGCCUCGCCGACAUGCUGCCCUCCAUGAUCCAUGUGAACAGCAGCAGGCCUUGGCUCAUGUUCUUCCUGCAGAAUCUGGGGCUGCUGACUGGCUGGGCCAUCCUACUGCUGCUCUCAUUCUACGAAGACAGCAUUGGCUUCUGA